AUUUGACGUGUACACAGAAAUACUGUACAAUUGGAACUUUGUUACCUGUGUGAUAUGACCUAUCUCAUAUCCGUGAGGUGGAAAGGUGAAUGCGCACAGAAUCAAAAACAACUGUAACAUCUACAACGCAUACAAAAGACAAUUACUUCUUAUAAUACACAUAUUAUUGUUGUCAUUAUGGAAUUGUAAUAAUCUACACGAGUGUAUAACGACGUAGAUAUAUGUAUAUGCAUAAAUGAUUACAUUAUCGAGGAAAUUAUAUAACGCUUAUCUAUACAAAUCUACGUAGUGCUGCUACUGCUACUACUACGAAACUGCGUUAUAAGGAAUCACGAAUUAACACCAUGCAAUGUUUAAAAAUGGUCUUGGAUACAUUUAAAUAUACUCGAACGAUUACAAAAUCUCUUUACGCUGCGAAUGUUCGUUUAUCGAAUCAAAGGCGAAACAUAUUUAACAGACAUUUAGAGGAAAUUAGUCGAAUAAAGAAGAACAAUUCGAAUUCGUAUCAAUGGAAGAAUCCGUCGCGUACGACAUUUUUCGUAAUAUCGGGAAGUUUUUUAUUUAAUUUGUUUAAACCUAAGGAGGAAAGGGAAAGAGAUGAUAUUGAAGAGUUAACAAUGACCAUCAAACGAUCUAUUUUAUUAAUUCAGAAACAAGAGUUUCCGAAAGCAGAACAAAUGUUACAUAUUGCACUUCGCCAAGCGCAAACUUUGCAGCAUUAUGAUGGAAUAACUUAUAUUUACGAUAUAAUGGCAAACUUGGCAUAUGAUCUCAACGACUUUAAGAAGGCAGAAACUUUGUUCAAAUUCGUUUUAAGUAGAUUGUUAGCCAAGAAAGUUCCAGAGGAUGAUUUGUCAGUCAUACAUAUUAGUCUUAAAAUUGCUGAUAUAUACGACAAAACAGGAGAUACGAAAAAAGCUGAAAGUGGUUACAAAUUUUGUCUGGAACAUUUACAAAAUCAUUUGGCUAAAGACAGUGAAAAUGUAGAUGUACUACAAUUGUUAGGCUUAACUUUAGAAAAAUAUGCAACUAUGCUUUUCACGAAAUCACAGUAUACUAAUGCUCUGAACUACUUCACUCAAGCUUAUGAUAUAUCUGUAAAAAUAAAUGGCGAAGCGAACGAACAAUCUGUUAUUUUAUUGAAUGACUUAGGAAGUGUUAGUCACAUGUUACAAAAAUAUGAUCAAGCUAUUGGAUAUCUGUCUAAAGCAGCAGAAUUUGGUAAAAAGUUACCAGACAUGGGUGACUUAGGUUCCAUUUAUGUCAAUUUAGGAAAUGCACUUAUUGCAAAAGGUCUGUACGAAGAGGCAGAAAAAAGAUGCAAGGAAGGUGAACGUUUAGCAAAAGCUAGAGAUGAUAAAGAAUCCAUAAAUGAGGCUAAAAAAUGUCUACAACAAAUAAAAGAUUUAACGUCUUAAUUGUUUCAUACAAAAUAUUAUUACAGGUAAAUGCAUACACAAUCAUUUGUAUCAAUGAACAUAUAAUGAUACUGAUGUUUAAAGAUAUCUCGACGUUUGAAAAAAAAAUGUUACAUGUAUAAUGUUUAAUAAAUGUUGAAUUUUCUCAUUA